AUGAAAGUGAACCAAGGGAACAGGAUGAAAGGGGUCAGGAUGAAAGGGGACAUGAUGAAACGGGAAAAGGAUAAAACGGAACAAGAUAAAAAGGAACAGGAUGAAAGGGAACAGGAUAAAACGGAACAAGAUAAAAAGGAACAGGAUGAAAGGGAACAGGAUAAAACGGAACAAGAUAAAAAGGAACAGGAUGAAAGGGAACAGGAUGAAAAGGAACAAGAUAAAAAGGAACAGGAUGAAAUGGGACAGAAUAAAAAGGGACAGGAUAAAAAGGAACAGGACGAAAGGGGACAGAAUGAAAAGGGACAGAUUGAAAAGGAACAGGAUGAAAGGAGACAUAAUGAAAAGGGACAGGAUGAAAAAGGACAGGAUGAAAAGGAACAAAUCAUUAAGAACGACGAGGAAUAUAUUCGUUUGCUUAUGGAGCACGAAAAACAAAUUAUGAACGACGAGAAAUAUAUUGAUGAACUAAUGAAUGAGGAAUACAUGCAGGAGGAAUUUUUUAGAGCAGCUUCGCUGGGACAAACAGAACAAUUAAGUAUUUUGAUAGAGAAUGGCGCCGACAUCGAUUUUGCAAAUGAAAAUGGAGACACAGCAUUAAUGUUUGCUGCACAGAAAGGACGCCUGGCAGCUACACUUCUGUUACUCGAGAAAGGGUGUCAAAAAGAGGCCACAAGUAAUUGGGGAGAAACAGCUUUACAUGUAGCUGCUGAGUAUGGCCAUCUUGAAAUCACAAGAUGUCUUGUAGAACAAGGAGGUGUGAGUCCCUUUGUAACUACAAAUGAGGGUAAAACACCAUAUGAUCUAGCAGCUAAUCCCGAAUUUAGUUCAACGAAUAGAGAAGCUAUGCAAUAUUUGAAGACUGUCAUGUCAAAGAAAUCUACAAGUAUGACUGCUGAAUUAGGAAUAGGAGGUAUUUAUAUUUAA